AUGGGUUCUUCUUCUCUGAGGUCGUUCACUUCAGUUUUAUGGUCUACUUUAACGUUCUUGUUCGUGAAAAUUUCAGCAGAAGCAUCUUUUGAAUCAGAGGCAAAUUCUCUGCAUCACAGUGGUUGGUGGCCUGCCGCCAUUACCAGCAACAAUUCUGUGUACGCAUGCAUGUGGCCGGGCAUUUCGUGCAACGAUGCAGGAAGCAUCACUGGAAUUGACUUACCAGAAGAGUACCAGAUAGGAGACCGAUUUGUCCCGAGGCUCUCGCACUUGGACUUGUCCUCGAAUUAUCUAACUGGUGAGUUGCCUCCUUGCCUCGGAAAUCUCACUAGUUUAGGAUGGCUAGAUGUGUCUAUCAAUCAGUUGUCUGGCUCUAUUCCCUUAGCACUAGGGAGUUUGAAGAACUUGUUCCGCUUGGACUUACAUUUGAACCUUCUCACUGGUCCAAUCCCGAUUACCUUCGGUCGUUUGAGCAAUUUAAGCCUCAUUGACCUUAGCUCAAAUCAGUUAGGUGACAUGAUCCCUUCGGAAACUGGGAACCUCAGCAAACUAUGCUCUAUUGAUAUAAGUGGUAACGAAUUUGAGGGAGCGAUUCCACCUACUCUCAGUCGUCUGUUCAAUUUAAGGUCUCUACAUCUUUCCUCCAAUCGAUUAGGUGGUUCUAUUCCUCCUGAGAUAGGGGAUCUCAAGAACUUGUGUACGAUGGAUCUGAGCUUUAAUAACUUUGUUGGAUCAAUUCCUGCAACUCUAGUUCUUCUCUCCAAUUUGACAUUUCUUGGUCUCUCCACCAAUCGAUUAGGCGGUUCCAUUCCUCCUAAAAUAGGGAAACUCAAGAACUUGGUCACUAUGGAUCUAAGCUCCAACGAUUUCAACGAGACAGUCCCGUGGAGUCUUUGGAAUUUGACAAACUUAAGAUACCUAUACCUGCAACGGAACCAAUUCACCAACUCCAUUUCGUCCAGAAUAGGAUAUCUAGAGAACAUCAAUCGCAUGGAUUUAAGUGGUAACAAGUUCAGUGGUGCCAUUCCCUCAUCCAUUGGGAAUUUAAAGAGUUUAUCACAUCUCAGUUUGCAAGAAAACGGGUUCAGUGGCUCUAUUCCAUUAGAAAUAGGUCAUUUGGACAACUUGAUUGAGAUGAGGCUGAGCCAUAAUUCCUUUAUCUGCCCCAUCCCUUCCUCUCUGGGAAACCUGGUAAGCUUGAAAUCUUUGUAUCUGCAAGCCAAUCGUUUCAAUUGUUCCAUCCCGCGGGCAAUAGCAAAUCUGACGAGUCUCAUCAACCUGGACAUGAGCUCAAAUGACUUGAUCGGAUCAAUUCCGAGUGAACUUGGGAGUUUACCCAUGUUAAAGUAUCUUGACCUCCGCAAUAAUUCGCUCUCCGGCACUAUACCAAAAGGCAUGGAGUUUGCUCUCUCUCUUCUGUGA